GGGUACUAACCGGUCACAAAUACACAAGUACCCUUGAUACUUCCAACGGAAUUCCUAGAAUAUCGAGCUUGCCGAUUCCAUUUUUAUCAAAGGAUGUGGUCAGUUAAGAAACUCGCGCAAAACCAUAUUUGUACCACAACAACGUAUUCGUUCAUUUCCAACGGCAACAUGGGGUUCACUGUAAUUUUCCUUCUGCUCACUUGCGUCUUUGCACAAAGGGAACACACCUGUGAGAACAAGCCAGACAUAAUACACACAUUUGAAGAGAUUCUGACCUGCAAAGACAAAAUAUUCACAUCAAAUUUCAACAAAGGCAUGAUGGACAGUACAUGCUCACAACCCAGAGAUACAGUUGUGCCCAUCAUAUCAGAUGAGCCAGGCAUCCAGUACAUACCAAGCACUGUGGUCGUCAAGAAGUGUGCAGGGGCAUGCUUACAUCAGCUGUCCUGCAUCCCAACAGAGAAAAAGAUGGUUCCAUUUAGUGUACGACGUCACAGAGAGGGAGAAUCGAUAACUUGUGGGACAAUUUAUGUAGAAGAACAUGUGAGAUGCAAGUGUAACUGUAGGGUUAUGGAAUCACAUUGUAUUCCUGAGAAGCAGGAAUAUGACAGACGUGCAUGCAUGUGUCGAUGCAUGAAUAUGGAUGAGAAGGAAGAAUGUGAGAAAAGUGGCAGACUAUGGGACCAGAAGGCAUGCAAGUGUCAAUGCAUCAAGGAGCAUGAUGACUGCACCACUGGACACUAUUGGGUUCCUACACUCUGCAGGUGUAUGAGAAUGAUGGAUGAUGACAACAACAUUGACUGAAGAAGGUGUGGAAUAAAGUUUUUAAACCCAGCAAUAUUUUUACUGGGGUACUUCACAAUAAUUCUCACAUAGUGUAUCCCUGCAGUUAUAGAAAUUAUGAUAAAAUUAAUGAUACUGGGCGUAAACACCUGUAUCAGAAUUUUAUAUACUAAUCUCCUUAGCAUAAA